UCGCCAUAUUAAACCAAGUCAUCACGUGACCAAAGAGUAAAGGUGCAUGCGCCGGGUGAAAUUAACAGUGCAACAUUAAUUUUGGAAAUCUGGAUUUACUGCGUUCGUAUUACUUGUAACGAUGGAUACUCGCAAAUUGACGGACGUUUUGAGAGCGACUAUAGAUCCAAAUCAGAGGCAGCAGGCUGAAGAACAACUUGCCCAGAUACAUAAAAUAAUUGGUUUUGCACCUUCGCUUCUACAAGUAGUGAUGUUGUCUGAUGUUGAUAUGCCCGUGCGCCAAGCUGGUGUAAUAUAUUUAAAGAAUCUUGUCACACAGAAUUGGGCAGACCGAGAAGUAGAACCUGGACAGCCAUUACCAUUUAGCAUACAUGAACAGGAUAGAGCCAUGAUCAGGGAUGCCAUAGUUGAUGCUGUGGUUCAUGCACCAGACAUCAUAAGAGUACAGUUAGCUGUUUGUGUGAGUAAUAUUGUAAAACACGACUUUCCUGGAAGGUGGACACAAAUAGUUGACAAAAUCAGUAUAUAUCUUCAAAAUCCUGAUGCAUCUGGUUGGUCUGGAGCCCUUCUCUGCUUGUAUCAGUUGGUGAAAAUUUUUGAGUAUAAGAAACGUGAAGAAAGAGGCCCUUUAAAUGAAGCAAUGAAUUUGUUAUUCCCAAUGAUAUACCAGUUGUGUGUAAGAUUACUUCCUGAUCAGUCAGAACAGUCUGUAUUACUGCAAAAACAGAUUCUUAAGAUAUAUUUUGCAUUGACUCAGUAUUCUCUUCCAUUGGAACUAAUUUCUCGGGAAGUGUUCUCACAGUGGAUGGAAAUUUGUCGAGCUGUUGUCGAUAGACCUGUACCAGAACAAACAAAUGCUGUGGAUGAAGAUGAUAGAGUUGACUUACCGUGGUGGAAGGCGAAGAAAUGGGCGCUGCAUAUACUGCACAGGAUGUUUGAGAGAUAUGGGAGCCCAGGAAAUGUUACUAAAGAAUAUAAGGAAUUUGCUGAGUGGUACUUGAAAACAUUUUCUGCUGGUAUACUAGAAGUUUUAUUGAAAGUUCUUGACCAUUACAGAAGGAAGAUAUAUGUCUCUCCAAGAGUUGUUCAGCUCACUCUAAAUUACAUAAACUUGGGUAUUGGUCAUGCAUUUUCGUGGAAGUUCCUAAAACCACAUAUGUUUGCUAUUGUUCAGGAUGUAAUUUUUCCUGCCUUGUCAUAUUCACAAGCUGAUGAAGAGUUGUGGAAUACUGAUCCAUAUGAAUACAUCAGAGUAAAAUUUGACAUUUUUGAAGAUUUUGUAUCACCUGUGACUGCAGCCCAAACACUCUUGCACACAGCGUGCAAGAAAAGGAAGGACAUGUUACAGAAGACAAUGCAUUUCAUAAUGCAAGUACUGACAUCACCAAAUGCUGAUCCAAGACAGAAAGAUGGUGCCUUACACAUGGUUGGCACACUGGCAGACAUUCUUAUCAAGAAGAAUAUGUACAAGACAGAAAUGGAUAGUAUGCUUUGUCAGUAUGUUUUUCCAGAAUUUGCAAGUCCUCGUGGCCAUAUGAGAGCUAGGGCCUGCUGGGUUCUCCAUUACUUCAGUGAAAUUAAAUUUAAGCAGGAAGCAGUUCUCGCUGAAGCAAUCAGACUCACUACAAAUGCAUUAUUAAAUGACCAAGACUUGCCUGUCAAGGUAGAGGCAGGCAUAGCAUUACAGAUGUUGUUAAAUGCUCAGGAAAAAUCUGAGAAAUAUGUGGAACCUCAGAUCAAGCAAAUAACUUUAGAACUUCUUCGAAUAAUACGUGAAACAGAAAAUGAUGAUCUCACCAGUGUUAUGCAGAAGGUUGUGUGCACCUUCACAGAACAGCUGAUGCCUAUUGCUGUUGAAAUUUGUCAACAUUUGGUGUUCCAGAAGGAUGGAUAUGAUUACUUUACUGAUAUGAUGCCAGCUCUGCAUAAUUACGUAACUGUAGACACAGCUACUUUCCUCUCCAAUGAAAAUUAUGUGCUUGCAAUGUACAACAUGUGCAAGGCUGUUCUGACAGGUGAUUCAGGAGAGGAUCCUGAAUGCCAUGCAGCAAAAUUGCUUGAAGUUAUCAUUCUGCAGUGCAAAGGACGCAUAGAUCAGUGCAUACCAUCCUUUGUAGAGCUUGUGCUUCAGCGGCUGACUCGUGAAGUUAAAACAUCUGAAUUACGAACUAUGUGUUUGCAAGUUGUGAUAGCAGCACUGUACUACAAUCCACAACUUCUUUUUGAAACUUUGGAGAAACUUCAAAUGGUCGUUUCACCAACUGAAUCAAUUACAUCCCACUUUGUGAAGCAGUGGAUACAUGACACAGAUUGCUUUUUAGGAUUACAUGACCGGAAGCUGUGUGUUCUGGGAUUGUGCACUCUAUUGAGCACGACAGGUGCUGCUCGUUCUGUAGCAUUACCAAAUGAAUGUGCAUCACAGAUAAUUCCUUCACUUAUUCUUCUAUUUGAUGGGCUGAGGAGAGCAUACGUUGCAAAGGCUCAAGAAGGUGAAGAGGAAGCAGAAGAUGAAGAGGAUGAAACUGACAUUGAUCAAGAAAUUUUAUCAAGUGAUGAGGAUGAUAUAGAUGAAGCUCAUCAAGAAUAUCUGGAAAACAUCGAAGAUAAAGUACAUAAAGCUAAUUCACCAUUCACUAUUACUACUAGUAUUCAGGAUGAUGACUCUGAUAGUGAUGAUGAAUUUGAAGCAAAUGAAGAGACUGCGCUUGAAAGCUACACUACUCCACUUGAUGAAGAGAACUGUGAAGUAGACGAGUACAUUGUUUUUAAGGAAUUAAUGCAGAAUAUUCAAGCCAGUGAUCCAACAUGGUAUCAAAUUCUCACUACCGAUUUGACAACUGAACAACAGAAGGCUCUCCAGGAAAUCAUGGUUCUAGCAGACCAGAGGAAGGCAGCAGCCGAGAGUAAGAGGAUAGAGCAGAGUGGAGGUUACGUUUUUAAUCAACAGACAGUCCCUACAUCUUUCAACUUUGGUGGCUCCCCUCUUGGACGAUAAGCCUGUCUGUGGCAGCACAGGUGUCUUGCAUGUGAAAAAAAUAACACCCAGUUGUGUAUGUUACUUCCUGUGCACACAUUCGGAUGUCUGAUAUUGCCAGUGUGAAUUUUACUUGUUGUAAUGUGAAAGACUGAAUUCAACUGCUUAAAAGUUAUAUUUGACUUGUUACAAAAUUUAUUAUUCGAGGUGAACUAAUGACACUUGAGGAAAUAAGUGUUAACGAUCUGUAAAGAACAUUUACUGUGUUAUUCAGGGACAUCAGUUAUAUGUAGCAAUUGUCUGUGCAUCACUUGUGAAUCUUGUGCGUGGGGCAUUUUUAAAAUACUCAAUUUACAAGCUCUUAUUUCUUGUAAAUAUUAGGAGCAGUAUUUCAAAAGUUUGGGAACAUGAACAUAUUUAUUAGUAUUUAUUGAAAACUUCAUAUAUUGUUUAGGUUGAGCUCCAUCACGCAGUUCAUAUUCGGACUGUAGAAGGUGAUCAUAUUAUGUUACUGAUAUUCAGAAUUUCUGAAUCGUUUAUUACACCUUUGGAGCCAAAGGAAAUUAUCUCAGACUCUGAGAUAGAAUAUACAUGUCUCCUAAAUAAAUCACAGAUGUGUGGGCUUGCUUAAGUGUGCCUUCAGUUUAUUUUAUGGAAAUCACCCACGAAUUUAUCAGAUGUGAGAAGGCUGUUGGUCAAUGUUGACAUAUUGGAAAUUGUGGGUAAGCUACUGUCCAUAUGAUAAAAAAUUUUUACUCAAGGUGCUUUGUGACUUGGUCCAAUUGACUAGCACAUUUUAUAAAAUAUAUAUAUACAUAUUUUUUUUCUUUUUAAAUGAAAUAUUCAUGGUACAGUGGUAUCUGAUUACAUUAGAUGCGUGUGUCAGAUCAAAGAGUGCAAUUUACAUCUCGUCUUAUUAUUUGUGUACACUCCAGUCCUGACUAGUCCAUACUGUACAUUAUGUUCCUUUCAAGAGAUGUGUAAUUUGUCUUAAAAGUGUUGAAUCUAUAUUUUCUUAAAAUUCUGGUAAAAGAAAAAUGUAUGUCAGAGAUGAGGUAAAAUGUAUGGAAUAACCAGCCAUGUACUAACUAUAAGAAGCUAAUGAAUGCUUGCUGAAGCUCAAAGGGAGAGAUAUCCAUAUCCGUUUUGUAAACAAGAAUGUAGAAAAUUUGUUGACGAGGGACGACAAAAAUAAUUGCAAGUUUGAUCGUAUGUGUGCUUGUAUGUUAGUCAAGUGAUCUGUGUCACCAGAUCACAUUCAGCAUUA